AUGUUUAGUUCACGUGUAUUCAUAAUUAAAUUUUUUGGACUGGGUUUAAUUUUUUCCACUGUUACGUCAAGUAUCACUGAUGUCCCAGUUUUAAUUUGGGGAGGCGACAGCUCAACAAAAUCAAUCAGCAAACCCUUCAAUUUAUUUGAUAAGACAUCACAAAAAGAAUUCAAAGAUAUUGUCACCAAAAAAGUUGGUGAUUCACAAUUGCCCGUUAUUGUUUUUUACAAAGAAAGUUUCUGUCGUGAAGAUGUUACGCUACAUGACAAUGAUCAAUGGAAGCAGCUUAAAAAAUUCGGAUCAUUGCAAUACAUACCGGAAGUUGAUAGACCUUUUACGAUAAUUGAAACCUUGCCGUUUUAUAACCAGUCAUCAGAUGAAGAUUUGAAUUCAGUGUCAAAUGGUCAACUUGUUAUAAACAGAGCCAAUGAUCUUGACUUUGUUUUUGAAACAUUCAAAAUGUUGAAAGAAUCAAGUCCUUAUUUACUUGGAAUAUUGACUGGAAAAACUUGCACUCUCAGUCGACCAGAUCGGAUCAAAAGAGCAGCAGCCACAGCAGAACCUCUGGCGCAAAAUGAUACCGAUUAUAUAUUUAUUCAAUCUGAGCGAGUUUUGUUUUAUCUUGAAAAACCACCAGCUCUCCAGAUGAAAGGAUCAGAAUUUAUCAGCGUUGGACAACCAAAAGAAGUCAAAGAUGAAGGCCAAGGAACCAUAAAUUCUCCGAUGGUUCUCAAAAUGGACUUCGAUGUCGUCGGCAAUGACACGUCGUCAUACAAAGCAAGUCUGGCUUUUGAAAUAAUUCCUAAAACGUCUGGUUACUACACAUUGCACAGAGUAAACGUAACUCGAGACAACCAAGAAUUCUCGUUGUUCACCAAAACAGACUUAACUUGGCCCCAGAACUUUUCUUAUCACUGCGGGCAGGUAGUGCAGUUUUUAAAAUCAAAUUCAAACGAAACCGAAGAUAUUAAAUUGAAUUUAUACAACAUCCAAGUGCAAUUAUUCGCUAAAAAAUUCAGCGAUACUUACGAUUGCGUCGGUUUCACAUCGAUAUCUAUUUGGUCUGGUAUAUUCGUCACUGCUAUUCUCGGGAUUAUUAUGAUCUGGGGUCUGAUAAUGAUGAUGGACAUUCGUACCAUGGACAGAUUCGAUGACCCUAAAGGUAAAACAAUAACAAUAUCGUCAACAGAUUAAAAUAAAUAAAAUUAUAUAUAAUAAUUACAUACUCGUAUUGCAUAUUAUCAUGUAAAUAUGUCUGUAAGUCUUGUAUAUUUCAAGCUUCAAUAUUAAUUAUAUAGAUUUUAAGAACUCAAUAUAAAAAAAAAAAUAUGUUUGUUAUUUCUGAGGAAAUUAUAAAAUUCAUUUUAAAUUUUUCCUCGUCCUAAUAAUCGUUCAGUAUUUAUCAUAUUAUUCAACUUUUAUUUGUAUAAUAUAUACAUAUAUUAUUAAAUGAUGUUAAUACGUAAUUAUUAUUAUAAUUAUAUAAUUUCAUUCCGUUAAUUUGUUGUUGGUAAGAUAUUUAAUUUAAUUUAAUAUCCAGUCUUACAAUUAAAAUAAGUUAUAAAAAUAAUAUAAACUUUUAAAUGUAUAAAUUAAAUAUUAAUAUAAAAAUAUUCGGUUGAUAUUGUGGUAACUAAAAAAAAUUGUUCUUUAUAUAAAGCACAAUAAUUGUAAAAAAUAUAUAAAUAUAUGAAUGCUGUACCUGAAGAUCGGAAGGUUUUUGCGGAACGAAAAUA